AUGGCUCUCGUCGACUACUCCGACUCGGACGAGUCCGACUCUGAAGUUGCGCAGCAGCCCAAGGACGCCAAACCGGCUGCCGCGACGACGGCGACAUCGAAAAAGUCAUUUCAAAAGCUCAUCGACAAGGGCAAGAUCAUGGUCCAGCUCCCGACCGCUGCCGGCAGUACCAGCGAGGACGCCCCAGAGCCCCCAGCCAAGCGGGCCAAGACGGCAGCCGGCGGUAGCAGCCGCUUCAGCAGUUUCGGUUCGUUCUUGCCACCGCCAAAGGCAGCUGCGGCUGCAACAAAGGCCCUAGCGACGAAGACUGGCGGCAGCACGCUGCGGCCUGGAGUGAACCUGAAGACGGGCGCGGAACCUGCAUUCUCCCGCGGAGGCGAGGACUACGACCAAGCAGCUUCCUCCGGACCGAGGAAAGGCCCAGCAGGACCGUCGAUCCCCGAAGGCCAAAAGCCCGAGUCGGAAAUCAAGUUUGUCGGCAAACCGCUCAUGUUCAAGCCGCUGUCCGUGUCGCGGAAGCCAGUCAAGAAAAAGGUUCCUGCCGCAGUCAAGCCCGGCGCUUCGGGGACUUCAAACGAGAACAAGGCUGCGGCAAAGGCACCCGAAGAGCAGCCGCAGAAGAAGAAAGUAUCGCUCUUUUCUAUGGGCGAAGAGGAAGAAGAGGCAGGUGAGAGCAGCGCCCCGUCCCACUCUGCUGCUGGCGCUAGCGCUCUGUCAGACGGCGGCGCGUCCUACGAGCCCAUGUUUGGCCAAGACGCAGACAGCCACGAGGCCGAGGAGGCGUCAUCGCUGGGCGGCGCAUACGAAUACGACGACUCCUCUCACUACGGACAGCAGCAGCAACAAGCUGCAACACUCGCGCCCACCCAGCAACAGCCACAAUCACUCAGCUCGAUUGCCGACGGCCUCGAGCUGUCGGCGCAUGUGCGGCGGGAGCUGUUUGGACGCGGCGGUAACAUGGGUAACAACAACAGUGGCAGCGGAGCCAACGCGCGCGUCAUCAACUUCAACAUGGAGCAGGAGUACGAGAACAACGAGGCGCUGCGCGCGUCGGGCGAGCAGCAGGUGUACAACCCCGUGCGCGCCAUCGCGCCCGGCAAGCACAGCCUGCGCCAGAUGGUCAACAUGGCGCAGAACAACCAGACGGCGCUGCAAGACAGCUUCGCCCAGGGCCGCAACAACCGCCAAGACGCGGCCAGCCGGUACGGAUGGAAGUGA